GCUCGGUGACAGUAAACUUUCCGAGCACAACCAUCAUGUCCUCCAGCGGCGAUAUUCGGAUUCCUAGUCGGCUCCCUUUACUCCUGACCCACGAAGGGGUCCUUCUGCCGGGGUCCACGAUGCGAGUCAGCGUGGACACAGCCAGGAAUAUGCAACUGGUCAGGAGCAGGCUGCUGAAAGGGACUUCCCUGAAGAGCACCAUCAUCGGGGUGGUCCCGAACAGCCGCGACCCCGAGCACGAGACCGAGGAGCUGCCCGCGCUGCACAGCAUUGGCACAGCCGGCCUGGCGGUGCAGGUGGUGGGGAGUAACUGGCCAAAGCCCCACUACACGCUGCUCAUCACGGGUCUGUGCCGCUUUCGCGUGGAGCAGCUGCUGCGGGAGCGUCCCUUUCCUGUAGCUGUGGUCCAGCAGCUGGACAAGCUGGAGCAGUAUGCUGGACUGGAUUCGGGUGACGCUGAUGUCAGCAGUGAGCUGGGCGAGCUGUCCCAGCGGUUCUAUGAAGUGGCUUUGCAGCUGGUGGGCAUGCUAGACAUAUCUGUUCCUGUGGUUGCUAAGCUACGGCGUCUACUUGACAGUCUACCCAGAGAGGCCUUGCCAGAUGUUCUCACCUCAAUGAUCCAUGUGUCCAACAAGGAAAAGCUUGAGAUUCUGGAUGCCGUAAGCCUAGCAGAGCGUUUUAAGAAGGUCCUGCCCCUGCUCACUCGGCAAAUGGAGGGGCUCAAGCUGCUGCAAAGAACGCGAAAACCACGACUAGAUGAUGACAGAAGGAUUAUCCCUAUUCGGAAAGGUGGGGGCUUAGCACCGGGACAGCUCUCCAUGGAGGAUGAUGGUGAGGAAGAAGACAGUGAUGACACGUCCCUGCUAGAGAGGAGAGUCCGGGGCUCCAACAUGCCAGAGGCUGCACUGAGGGUCUGCCUCAAGGAGCUUAAACGGCUGAAGAAGAUGCCCCAGUCUAUGCCUGAGUAUGCACUUACUCGCAACUACCUGGAGCUUAUGGUGGAGCUGCCCUGGAGCAAGUCAACCACAGACUGUCUGGACAUCCGUGCGGCCCGAGUUCUCCUGGACAGUGAUCACUACGCCAUGGAGAAACUAAAGCGGCGUGUACUUGAGUAUCUAGCAGUGCGUCAGCUGCGGAACUCUCUCAAGGGGCCCAUCUUGUGCUUCGUGGGACCUCCAGGGGUGGGAAAGACCAGUGUGGGCCGUUCCAUUGCCCGUACCCUGGGCCGAGAAUUCCACCGCAUCGCCCUGGGGGGUGUCUGUGACCAGUCUGACAUACGGGGACACAGACGUACCUAUGUGGGUAGCAUGCCUGGCCGCAUAAUUAAUGGCUUGAAAGCUGUGGGUGUGAACAACCCAGUCUUCCUGCUGGAUGAGGUGGACAAGCUGACCAAGAGUCUCCAGGGGGAUCCUGCUGCUGCCCUGCUGGAGGUUCUAGACCCAGAGCAAAACCACAGCUUCACGGAUCACUACCUCAACGUGCCAUUUGACCUGUCCCAGGUCCUCUUCAUUGCCACGGCAAACACCACGGCAACCAUCCCUCCUGCCCUCCUUGACAGAAUGGAAGUUCUGCAGGUUCCAGGGUAUACUCAGGAGGAGAAGGUUGAGAUUGCUCACCGACAUUUGAUCCCCCAUCAACUCGAGCAGCAUGGACUCACCCCCCAGCAGGUGCAAAUUCCCCAGGAUACAACCUUGGACAUCAUUAGUCGGUACACAAGGGAGGCAGGGGUACGCACCCUGGAGAGGAAGAUUGGGGCAAUCUGUCGUGCUGUGGCUGUGAAGGUGGCUGAGGGCCACAAAGCUACCAAGACUCCCUCUUCCUCAUCAUCCUCAGAGGUGACCACAGCCCAGGAAGGGGGAAACAAGGGGGAGGAGCCUAUUGGGGGGUCAGUGGACCUAUCACUGCCUCCUGAGAUGCCCAUUGUGAUUGACUGCCAAGCUCUGAAGGACAUUUUGGGACCCCCAGUCUUUGAAAUGGAGGUAUCGGAGCGCCUGACCUUGCCAGGCGUGGCCAUUGGGCUGGCCUGGACACCACUGGGUGGUGAAAUCAUGUUUGUGGAGGCCAGCCGCAUGGAGGGAGAUGGCCAGCUGACACUCACGGGACAGCUGGGAGACAUCAUGAAGGAGUCCGCCCACUUGGCCAUCAGCUGGUUGCGGACAAAUGCCAAGGCCUACCAGCUGACUAACAUGGCAGGGGGGCCAGACCCCCUGGAAGGGACCGAUGUCCAUCUGCACUUCCCAGCUGGGGCAGUCACCAAAGACGGCCCAUCAGCUGGCGUUACCAUUGUGACAUGCCUGGCGUCACUGUUCAGCGGACGGCUGGUGCGCUCUGACGUGGCUAUGACCGGAGAGAUCACGCUGAGAGGCCUGGUGCUUCCGGUGAGGGAGGCGCUUGUUCCUCUGUCCCGACAUCCUCCUCUGCUGUGGCAGGUAGGUUUUACUUGCACGUUAACCAGCAAGCCUGUCCUUCUGUGUCAGGUGGGUGGAAUCAAGGACAAGGUGCUGGCGGCUCACAGAGCAGGGCUGAGGUGUGUCAUCCUGCCAAAGCGCAAUGAGAAGGAUCUAGAGGAAAUCCCGGCACACGUGCGGGCAGACCUGCAGUUUGUAGCAACCAGCUGUCUGGCCGAAGUGCUCGACGCUGCCUUUGAUGGGGGCUUUCGGGGGCCUGCACCAUCCCUUGCCCCACCGCCUGUCUUGAGCAAGCUGUGAGCACCUCUAAGAGUGAGGACACACAGCAAAAGCAAGAACAGUUGUGAAAAUGUAUGUUGCAAUUGGUUGUAAAAAGCAACUGCCUUUAGAUCACCUUAAGUAUGCAUAGUAGUAGAGCUUACCACUAUAGUGGAAAAAUGCCUAGAGAUUAAAUUGACUCAGCAAUUUCAAUGAAACAGAUGAACUGUUAAUGGGGUUCCUGAGUUAAUCUGGACUGUCCAAGAACAUCUGUCCAUCAUGCACAUAGUUGAAAGUUUCACAGGUAACCCUUCACCAGUGCAAUUAAAGGCACAUUUGAAUGAAUUUGUCUAAUUAGCCUUACUGCUAAUAGACUGGUCUUGUUGGCAGCACAGGGGAUAGUUUUGAAAUCAUCUCAUGGGUGUUUAAAUGCAGUGGCAAUAUUUGUUUUAUUCUUAGCAAGUUAUAAUUCUUAGAUAAAGCUAUAGCAAAUAUGGAUGUAGAGCUCAGUUUGUCUGUACAGCUGUGGACAUUCCAUACCCUAAUUUGAUAAAUCUCUAACUUGAAUGAAUAUCAGUAAACUACACUUUCAUCUUG